AUGGCACCCAAGAAAGGAACCGAAGAUGUAACGUCCAACGUCGUAGCCUUUGGGCGCGUACGCAAGAACCUCAAGAUGGGAUGUGUCGGCCUGCCGAAUGUGGGCAAGAGCUCGCUGUUCAAUCUUUUGACGGAGCAGAGUGCGGCGGCUGAGAAUUAUCCGUUUUGCACGAUUGAGCCGAAUGAGGCGAGGUGUGCAGUGCCAGAUGAGAGAUAUGAUUUCCUCUGCGAUCUCUGGAAGCCCCCGUCCAUGUACCCCGCUUACCUCCAAGUGACCGACAUCGCCGGACUCAUCAAAGGCGCCUCUCAAGGCGAAGGUCUAGGAAACGCCUUCUUAUCGCACAUCCAAGCCGUAGACGGAAUGUACCACAUCGUCCGAGCUUUUGACAAUGAUGAAGUUCUCCAUGUUGAUGAUUCUAUUGACCCUGUGCGCGAUUUGAAUACUAUCCAAAGCGAGCUUUGCAAGAAGGACUUAGAUAUUCUCCAGAAGCAAAUCGUUGCCGAGGAAGCUAUUGUCCGAAAAGCAGGCGGGAAAUUCAAGAUGAACCCGCUGUUCCCAAGCACCACAGCGAAAAUCAAGGAAAUGCUAGAAAAAGAUAUGCCAGUCCGAGACGGGGCCUGGACCUCAGCCGAAAUCGAACUCAUCAACGAACGACUCCAAUUAAUUACCACCAAACCGGUAAUCUACCUCGUAAAUCUCACCAUGAAAGACUACCUCCGCCAGAAAUCCAAAUACCUCCCCCAAAUCGCCAAAUGGGUAACCGAGCACGGCGGUCUCCCCCGCGAUAUCAUCCCGUUCAGCAUCGAAUUCGAAGAGAAGAUUUACUCUUUUAAGGAUGAUCCAGCCGGGUUAGAGGAUUUCGUAAAAGAUAUCAAAGUGAAAUCCCGCCUCGAAAAAAUCAUAACAGAAGGCUUCACCAAACUCGGUCUCCAAUAUUACUUCACGGCCGGCGAGAAAGAAAUCCGCUGCUGGACGAUCCCCAAAGGCUGUCUCGCACCCCAAGCCGCUGGCGCAAUUCACGGAGAUUUUGAACGCGGCUUCAUCAAAGCCGAAGUUGUGGCGUACCAGGAUUUCAAGGAUCUGUGUGCGGGAGGGAAGAGUAUGGGGCCGAUUAAGGCGGCGGGGAAGUAUAGACAGGAGGGGAAGACGUAUACUGUGCAGGACGGGGAUAUUAUUCAUUUCCAGUUUAAUGUUGCGCCGAAGAAGUAA